UUCAUUCAUCCAUCCAACCCUCCCGUCCACCCGCACGACGAAUGAAUUGAGAUUGCGAUAGCGCUAGUGAAACGUACUUAUGGAACUAGUACUUGAGAGGGCAAAGAUUCACAAUCAAGAAGGGUUAAACAUAGUCGAGAGCAAGCCGAGAGUAAACAAAAGGGAACAUAAAAUUAAUAAGAUAUAACCAUGGCAGAAUCACCUUCAAAAUCUCCUCAACAUCAGAUCCUAAAGAGCCCAGUGCAAUUUCUACUACCAAGUCCAAUAAUUACAAGACGCACAAGAACACAUUCCACGUCAAAGGCAGCAGCCAAUAAUCCAAUCAAAACAGGGGUAGUGAAAGAAUUCUGCAAACAUAAAGGUCACGGGUUCAUAGUGCCCAAUGAGAAAGAUUCUGAAACCUUGUUUGUCCACGUGUCUGAUGUUGAAGGGGAAUAUGUACCAUGCGCCGGAGAUCAUGUGACGUACAAAGAGUGCCUCAUCCCCCCGAAGAAGGUGAAGAUCCAAGCAGUCGAGGUCAUAAUAACACACCUAGCACCAGGGGUCAAGCACCAUCGUUGGGAGGAUCAAGAAGAUAAUUAGAUAAAGUUUUUGACAGUAUUCCAUGGGAACUUAUUCCAGUUUUUUUGACGGCCCUUUUCCAUGAUUCUGUGAUUAGAGAUAAAAUAAAUUUUGAAUGUAAUUGUCAGAUAAAUUUUUUUUUUUUUUAACUUGAUAUUUUUUAUGAAAUUGGUUAUUCCUGUUGGUAAAAGUUUGGGAAUCAUUUUGGAAGUACUCGAUUUAAUUAGUGCAAGAUUAUAGCCAUUUGUGGAUUAACAAUCGACCUUUCAGGAGUGUCAAUCAAACUUGUGACCAAUCAGAACAGGGCUAGGAUUACGAGCUUGUCCCACAAAUACGCAUGUUUGCCUGCAUUUACACUGUACUUUUGUGGGACUUUAGCAAUAAUUCAAGAGGGGCUUGGCAAAUGGUUCAUUAUUAUGCCAUCUAGUUGUUUAUAGUUCACAUGCCUUCAUUUUUGGCAUGAGUAGUUGAAAAUACAAGAUGGCUGGUUUGUUUUAUGAAAUUACCACAUGAUAGUAUAGAAUAAAACCAUGUUGUCAUCUUUUUUCUUUUAUCAUUUUCAUGAGUUCAAAACAUCUUGUAGAAGGGUUAACUUAAAGGUCAAGCGCAGUUCCAGUAGGGGGUACAGGGAAUGUAAACCCCCAACCAUUUCAUCCACCCCUGAAGGUGUACUGUCAGUCAAAGUACAGGAAAAUAACUCAAAAAUUAAAAAAAAUUGAAAAGCUCAUUUAUUAGAAUCAAAUAAAUUAUUUUCACAAAUUUACAGAUAUUUUACUACAGAAGCCUUAAAUUGAUUACCAGCAAAUUUUUGUAGUAAAAUGUAUGUAAAAUCGAUAAAAACAAUUUUUUUCCUAUCUGUUGCUUGGUGGAAGCUAAUAAUUUAUUUGAAACGUUUAAAUGACCCAUUCAACAGUCACAUUCAAGGGGUAGGAAAGAAUAUGUCUCUUGGAAAUGAUAAAAAAAUUUUUUUUAAUGUUAAUGACUAUUUACUGGCCCGUAUUUUUUAAAUUCUGUCAAUCAUUUGUGGAUGAUGUGAUGAAGAGGGCGUGGCAAUGUCCAGAUGUGUGCAUUACUUUUUAAUUGUCAAUUGUUUUAGGUGAGAAGUAUGAGAGAUAAAUGUUUAUUUUUAUGAUAAUUAAGGUCCUUGGUGAUAUUGCAGUCUUUUGCUGUAAACUACAACAGGUUUCCUUUGAAUAGUUAGAGCCAGAAGUAUCUGCAGAUCGUAGUGAUUUAACAUCAACCUUUCCUUGACAUUUAUACUGUCAACAAGUGCCUAAUUAACGCUACAUUGUGGCUGACAGCGAAUUGCGUAAAUAGAGAGCAGAGCUUAGCUGACAACAAUAAUUACCUAAUUAUGAAUCCAGCAAAUUAUUCCAGUUAUGUAAACUUUGAUGAGAAUCAGUAAUUAGUAGUGUAGUUAAGAUGUAAAGUUUACAAUUUCUCCAAAUGCAGCAUGCCUAAAUAUAGUCAUGAUGACAUCACAUCAUGACCAUAUAUAGACACAUCAUGAAUAUAUAUAUAUGAACAGUGUUUUACGCAAGCUGAUUAAUGACUGUAUUUAACGGCCUGUUUUUCCAUACCUGCUUUCCAUACCUGCUUUCUUGUCCUUAGUUGGCCAUUAAGUUGAUCCCCUUGCCAGAUUCAUAUGUAGCGGCUGUAGUCAUAGAGAUAUUAAUAGUCUCUAUACCAGUAAUUACUCCAUAGUGUAACCAAAGAUCAUAGAUAAGGAAACAGCUUUGACCCUGCUGAUUCUGAUGGUACUGUUCACAUGCUCCUACUAUACUGUAUAACAAACCCUGCAACACAAAAUAUAUUCCAAACCAAAUAUCUUAAGAUUAUUCAAAAUAGGGAAAUAUUGAUAAUACGGAUAAUAAUAACUAAUAAUAUUGAUACUGAUAUUUUUUUUAAAAGCAAUAGUAACAAUAAUACUACAGUAUAUUAACGAAACUGUGUCAACUUGUGUAACAAAUACUCCAGGGACUAUUUCCGACUUAUCAUGGUAAUGUGCUAAACUCAGAAGAUGGUCUACAAUGUUCUUCAUAGAUUUUUUUUGGAAUACCGUAAAACUUAGGAAAUGGAACGAAACUUGGGUGUGUUUCUACUGAAAAUUGAGGUAGAACGGUUCUCUUUGCUUGGUAAUAAGGAAUACAUCCUACACCAUUAGAAAUCCAUUUUGGCCUGCUGCACACGGAAUUAAUUCUGUGCAUACGACAGAAGAAUCCAUUUUUUUAAUAAUUCUUCUGUCACAGGAAGUUGUACUUUGUAUGAACCAUUCCUAGAAACCACUUUUCAGGCAGUAACAACACACCACUAGAUUCUCUAACAGUCAAGCAUCAACUAUUUUCUGUUGUACCAUUCCAUGUUUGUGUUACAUUAGUUUAGUUUGUAUAGGCAAAAAAAAAGUGCACAGUGUAAUUUGCUGGCAAUAAACUUAGUCAGUGGUGGCGCUAGGAUUUUUCAGAUUGGUGUCCGAUAUCCCUGAUGGGGCAUAACUGGGCAGGCCAGCCCAGACCCUCAGAGGGGAUCCAAGGGGAUGAAGUCACUAAAAACUAAAAAUUUAGGGAUUUGGAAUGCUUAUUUAAACGAUUUUAUAGUCUUUAAAUAUUACAUAGAAUUUUUUUUCUGCCAGACAAAUUGUGCUUUUCUCCCCAUUGGCGUCCCCCCCCCCACUGGUGCCACCACUGAAAUUAGUGUGAGGAGAAUUUAAUUACUGUGCUGAUGUGCUAAAGAGAGAUGCCAGUCUAAAAAACAAUUGUUUGAUGUGAAGCCUCAAAAAAGACAUUGUAUUGAAUAUAAUGAUAAGUAACAUGUAUUUUCUGUUAUGUGGUAUGAAUUGAAUUAUGGCGAUAUGCAUAUAUUAUUAUGCAGCGUAUAAAUAGAAAUUACAUUAUUUGAUGAUACCAAAUUAUUGUAGACAUUCGAUUCAGGUCAGGUUCACACGAGAGCCAUCCGGAUUGGGAACUAACAGUUAGUGAUAAUCAUUACCAGGAUCCGGAUACGCUAAUGGUUAGCGAACGCUAUUGGUUAGCAAGUUGAGCGUAUUUCUAUCAUUAACCAAUCACACAUACGCGUUAUCAAUUUCCAGUUUCCUAUUGGCCAGUGAUCCCAUCCAUCAUCUUCUUGGGAUCUGGAUCGGGAAUUUUCUUGUAUGAACGCACAGGCGUGCGCAUAUGUUUGCGAUCUGCAUUCUGCUAACUGUUAGCUGCUGUGUGUGAACGUAGCUGUAGAAUAACUAGAGCAUUUUGCGUUUUAUAGAUUUUAGUCCAUAAUUUAGUUUAGUUCACUAAGUAGAGAGGGUAGCUUAAUCUACUAGCUGUAGUCAUGCAAAAUAUAUGUUAUCAAAUGCAGAGUUCUUAAGUUCUAUGGACACAGAGCUUUUGUUAUUAUCAUCAUAAUAUUAAGUCUACGUAUUGUCCAAAGUGAACUUUUGGCUGUACGACCUGAAUUUGUGAGAUUACUGAUGAUUUAUUUUACUACAGAAUUUUUCUAUUUACCUACUAAAAUUUUGAGGAACACUGUAAUAUUGAAACAGAUUUUUAAUCAACUUCAGAAGUCUGCAUAUUGGAUCUCAAUGCAUAUUGGAUCUCAAUGCAUCUAGUCAAUAAGGCUUGAAAAAAUGGACUUGUUCUUUAGGGGUCACUCACAAUUAUCAACUAUUUCACAAGUGUACAAACAGUACGCUAGAAGGGGAGGGGGUAGAUGAAUUUAGACUUAGGCAUGAAAAUGUGAAUUCCAAAAAUAAAAUACUGUACAAUAUUUUGAAAUAAUAAAUUUUUAUAACCAAUUAUAAUGCAUCCAUGGCUAUAAUAUAAAUUUUGAUGUAACCAAGUACAGUAAUUUAGUUGACUUCAUAAAAAAAAUGGAGAAUGGCUUUGCAAAAUCAACAUUUUUUAUGUACACUCUCAGAGGGGAGGGAGGGGGUACUGAAAAAGAGUACUGUUUAUACACUUUUGAAAAUGUUGAUAAUUGUGUACGACCAUUAGUGGUAGGAAAAUCCUGACAGCAUUGAACACAGGACCUUGGGAUUAGAAGGUAGGUGCCGUAACUACUAAAUCACUGCCUUCUCCUUCUGGUGGGGAGAUUCAACAUUAAGAAUAUGUAGGGUAUACACAUUAAACAAGUUUAGUGCGGAGAA